UCGUCUGGGGGCCUCAUGGACUCGCUCGUACAGAAAUGCACCUCCCUCGCACGCAUAAAACAACUCCAAGCCCAUCUCGUAACCACCGGACUUUUCCAAUUUUGCCCCUCCCGCACAAAGCUCCUCGAGCUCUGCGCCAUCUCUCCCGUCGGGGACCUCGCCUUCGCCGGUGAAAUUUUCCGGCAGAUCCGAGCUCCGGUGACAAACGACUGGAACGCCCUCAUUCGAGGCCUCGCGCAAUGCAAAGACCCCAUCGAUGCCGUUGAGACUUACAAGGCCAUGUCGCGUAGACCGCACAAACCCGACGCUCUCACGUGCUCUUUCGCACUAAAGGCCUGCGCACGUGCAUUGGCCCUCUGCGAGGCCAGGCAGCUUCAUUCUCAGAUUCUGCAUUUUGGGUUUCAAGCCGAUGUGUUGUUGCAGACAACAUUGUUAGACGUGUACGCCAAAGCAAGCGAUCUCGAUGCCGCACACAAAGUGUUCGAGGAAAUGUCUGUUAAAGAUGUCGCCGCCUGGAACGCGUUGAUUGCCGGGUUGGCUCAUGGUAGUCGACCCAAUGAAGCUUUGGCUUUGUUCCAGAGAAUGAGAGUGGAGGGUGUGAAACCUAACGAGAUUACUGUGCUUGGCGCUCUCUCUGCUUGUUCACAACUUGGCGCUUUGAGUGAAGGCGAAAAAAUGUACAAUUACUUAAGGGACGAGAAGUUGGACACAAACGUGCAAGUCUGCAAUGCGGUUAUCGACAUGUAUGCCAAAUGCGGGUCCGUGGACAAAGCUUAUGGCGUUUUUGCAAAUAUGAGUUGUAAGAAGAGUCUUGUGUCGUGGAACACGAUGAUCAUGGCGCUGGCAAUGCAUGGCGAGGGACACAAAGCGCUGGAGCUUUUUGAGGAAAUGAAUCGAGCCGAGGCCAGCCCAGAUGCAGUAACGUACCUAGCUGCAUUGUGCGCGUGCAAUCACGUUGGGCUAGUGGAAGAUGGAGUUCAGCUGUUUGAUUCCAUGGAGGAUCGUGGGGUUGCACGAGACAUGAAGCAUUAUGGUAGUGUGGUUGAUCUGCUAGGGCGAGCAGGGCGGCUUCAGGAGGCCUACAAGAUCAUAGUUUCGAUGCCUAACACCCCUCCCGAUGUCGUGAUAUGGCAAACUCUGCUGGGAGCUUGCAAGAUUUACGGGAAUGUAGAAAUGGCAGAGAUGGCGUCGCGUAAACUAGUGGAGAUGGGUUCCAACAGCUGUGGUGAUUUCGUGCUGUUGUCAAACAUUUACGCAGGGCAGGAGAGGUGGGCGGAUGUGGGGAGAGUGAGGGAGGCAAUGAAAAGCAGGGAUGUGAGGAAGGUGCCAGGGUUCAGCUACACAGAAGUGAAGGGUGUGGUUCAUACUUUUUAUAAUGGCGAUCAGAGCCACCCCAAUUGGAGGGAGAUUUAUGGCAAGCUGGAUGAGAUUAGGUUCAGGAUAAAGGAGUAUGGUUAUGUGGCUGAGACUAGUUUUGUGUUGCAUGAUAUUGGGGAGGAAGAGAAGGAGAAUGCAUUGGGUUAUCACAGUGAGAAGUUGGCUGUUGCCUUUGGGCUGGUGAAUACGAAUGAUGGGUCCCCAAUUCAGGUGAUUAAGAACCUGCGGAUAUGUGGGGAUUGUCAUGUUGUCAUUAAGCUUAUUGCAAAGAUUUAUGAUCGGGAAAUUGUUUUGAGGGAUCGAGUUCGGUUUCACAGAUUCAAAGAUGGAUCUUGUUCUUGCAGGGAUUAUUGGUGAAAUCCAUUUGUUUUUUCAUCUCUUUUGUGUAGCUAACCGUGGACUAGCAGUUGGAAUUAAAGGAUCAUUCAAUUGUAUACCAUGAAAAUUGAAAAGAUAGUCAGCAAAAGGAGUUCCCCCUUAAUCGUACAUACAUUUGGAACUAAAAAAGAACAGAAACAAAAGCAGCCAGUCCUGUCUGGAGUCCCGGUGGGAAGAGAGUUUGAACAUUAAGAUAUGACUUGGGCCCCAAGAAGUGUUUCAUUGUAGUGCUAAUUUGAGGGAGGGAGGAGGGGGGCAGGGUCGAAAUGAUUAAGAUUUGACAGCCUUACCUUUUCUCUUUCUGUUGUCAUUUUAAUUUUGAUUGUUUCCUUUUCAUUCUAAAGGAGAAUGCUUCUUACAGAAUAUCUGUUCAACCAACCAGAGUAUAGUGACAAAUUUCUAGAAUUACAGAAAAAUGAUAUUUAAACUACUAAGCAGUGUUAAGCAACAUACAAAUCCAAUUCUGUUAAUUAUACACCAAUCUCAACAGCAUGGAAAAUCUAUAUGUUGUGUAACCAUAAAACAAGUAUGCUACAAAAUAUACUCUGACAACAAGAAGUUACAAAUCACUUUGCAGGGUGGCAAAAUAAUCAUAACCGAUUAUGCUACAGAGAACACUGUUGAGCAACUGGAAAAGGAGUGAACAACUUGGAAUCAACCGCCUGCACCAAUAUGAAGCUUCAAAAACAACCAUCCAAUAACUGCAACUUGAAGCAGAAAUGACGAGAGAACUUGAAAUGACACACCAACAGAUGCUCCAAAUGCUGCUAAUCUUUAACUGGUCUUGCCUCAAACCCGCCUUCAGGUCGCUUUACAAGAUUGUAAGGCAUGUGGGUCCCAAGAAUUUUAUCCCAGAUGGGAAAGAAUGGUUGAGAAUAGUUGUACUUUGAUCCCUGGAGUUGAUGAUGGAUGUCGUGGUAAGCAGAGUUAUUCUGGAAUAAAAUAUGGAAGACAUUGCCAGGCAGCCAAAGUCCACAGUGAUCAUCUACAGUUUUUACCACAGCAAAGCAGAAGAAAGUCACAGCCGUCCGAGCAGUCAUUCCUGAGACAAGGAAGGAGAUUGCCCCACCCAAGGUGUCAAGCAGGAGACCCUCAAGUGGGUGAUUGUACAGGGCUCCAAUUGCAUAAGGGACAACUAGUCUGUGAUGUUGAGAAUGUACAUGGCGAUACAAGAAUUUGUUUUGGUGCAUGUACCUGUGCACAAAGUACUGCCACAUAUCCAUAACAAGCAUUGCAGCAAUUAUCUGCAC